UGCGUCAAUUUAACACAUAACUGCAAUAGCAUAACGCUUCCGAAUCUGAUAGCUCAUUGUUAGUAACUUGUUUUUUUGCAAUUUGUGUUUAUUUUAAUGGCUGCAAUGACUUUCUGAUAAGGUGAGAGCCGUACUGACGCUGAUAACAACAAUUUGAACACCUUUAUACAAUAAUAUUGAGUUGCAUCUAAAAUGGCAGCAAGUGGAAAUGGUACAGCUGGCAAUGUGCCCGGCGAGGAGCAUGUUGCAGUACAACAUCUGCAGCCGCAGUCAAAAAUCUAUGAUCGUUUGGUGAGCUUGGGAGCUUUUUACAAGCAACAAUAUGGUACCGAACCAGAGUUCUAUGUGCGUGUGCCGGGACGCGUUAAUCUGAUUGGCGAGCAUGUGGACUAUUGCGGCUAUUCGGUGCUGCCCAUGGCAGUGGAGCAGAGCAUCAUUUUAGCUAUAGGCGCUAAUCCGGAGCAAACACAGUUGCAGUUACGUCACCUCGACGGGAAAAAAUUUCAGACCUUUGAUUGCGAUCUAAAUGCCCUUGAAAUCAAGCUGCCCAAAGUAGGAGGACCUGCCUGGUAUAAUUACUUUAUAUGCGGUGUGAAGGGCAUACAGGAAGAACUGGGCGCUAAAUGGCGUGAAACAGGCAUACGCGUUGCUCUGAGCGGCAAUGUUCCACUGGCCGCAGGACUCUCCAGUUCAAGUGCUUUAGUUAGCGCUGCUGUGCUGGCCACAGCGCAUGUGCAGAGCAUGUCGCUCGAUCGCAAGUUGCUGGCUUCGAUUUCGGCCAGCUGCGAGCAGUACAUAGGCACUCACAGCGGCGGCAUGGAUCAGGCGAUAGCCUAUUUAGCCAAAAAAGGAUAUGCGCAGCAUAUUGAAUUCCAUCCCAAGCUCAAUGCCACUCCUGUUAUGCUGCCCGCUGGCUGUUGCUUUGUGGUGGCCAAUAGCUGUGUGCAUAAAAACAAGGCUGCCUCCUCGGACUACAAUGAGCGUGUUGUGGAGUGUCGUCUGGCCACGCGCUGGCUGGCCAAGUCACAGAAGUUGCCCAACUGGCAGGACUUUAUGCGAUUCAAAGAUCUUGAGGAAGAGUGUCAGCUGGAUAAUGCUGCAUAUGAGCAGCUUGUACUGCAGCAGCUCAAGCAAUCGCUUUAUACACGUGAUGAUAUAUGCGAGGCGCUGGGCAUAACCGAGCAGCAACUGGAAACGGACUUUCUAACGCCCAGCACACAGCAUAUGCAGCAGUUUAAGCUGCGUCAGCGUGCGUUGCAUGUCAUUCAAGAGUCUGGUCGCGUGCUCAAGUUCCGUCAAAUCUGUGAGCAGCUGCAGCGCCGACCCAGCAAGGAGGAUGUAAAACAACUGGGCAAGCUUAUGCAACAGUCGCAUCAUAGUCUACGUGAGCUUUACGAAUGCUCACACCCGGACUUGGAGCGUCUAGUAGCGCUGUCCACGAAGCAAGGCGUCAGCGCACGUGUCACAGGCGCUGGCUGGGGUGGUUGCAUUGUGGCCAUGUGCGAGUCCAUGGAGGCUGCUGAGGAAUAUGUCAAAGUGCUUGAAGCGUGAUUACUUACGCUGAAUUGCCUGAGCAUCUGUGGGAAUACUAUGCGACCAAUGACUUCAAUGAAGCUGUCUUUGCCACUGUUCCCCAGCAAUGGCGCUGAAUUGUUUAUACAAUAAUUAUAAGCGCUCUUUAUAUAAACUGUAGAUAGCUUAGUCGCGCUUGCCUCACAAUUGUAAUGCACAGAAGGUCUUAAAUUUUAUAAACAUUUAUAUUAACAACUUAAAAA